GCAGGGCUCCCGGAAAAGUUUGUACAUUUCUGCUCGCGUUAUGCUGUGAAAUAUGGUCGGACUAUAGAGCCGUAUACGUAUAGAAAGGAGAAGUACAUAUGUGUGCGUGGAACGACUGGGCGCGAUAGGUGGUGGCGAAUGAGAAAGAGAGAGAGAGAGAACAUUAGAGUAGAGAAUACCGUUAGCGAGCAUGCGCCUAUAGCCACUAUAUCUGAUGGCUCCGCCUUUCUCGGCGCAGACGAUGCCUUUGGGAUUUGUCCCUCGUCGAACCAAUCAGAGAACGCGAUCGGGGGAUGACGCGCGGCGAGGGGGUGAACGAUGGAUGGGGAUAGCUUCUUCGGGGACGCGCGGGUAUAACGGGAGGAGGUAGUUGUGUUAUACCGUGUAGUAGAGCAGGGAGGUAGCCAGCCAGCAGCAGCAGCAACGGAUAACGAGAACUCUGCGAACGCUUACGAGAUCCCGUGACUGCGACGAGUUUUUUUUUUUCCGUGUGGCAUCGCGCGGUGGAAAAUGGUGAAACUGUGAAAAGUGAAAACGCGAGCGAACAACAACGCCGUUGGCAUCGUGCGCUGCGACGACGAAGCAAAGUGCGGUGUCGGGUACACAGACGCACAAACAUCGACACACAUUCGCACACACGCGCAAGCCUAUUCGAAACGUGCUUUAUAGGUGUGACUGCGCAGUCGCCAUAUGCAGUAUGAUGAAAAGAUUGAAACUAGCAUGAAAAUGAAUGUAAAAUGGCAAAGAAAAAGGGCUAUGUAUAAAUGAACACUGUCGGUGAAAGAUACUUCUAUCUCUAAGAGAAAAGAAGUUUAUCUAAGUUUAUACUCGAUUUUGCAAGAGUAUAAAAGAAAACAUGACAGAUGUUAAACCGAUUGGAAUUUCGCCAUCUCAACCACAACAACAACAGCAGUCACAACAACAACCUCAACAACAGCAACAAAUAAUGAUUGCAACUCACGAUUUGCAACAGCAGCAAAAUGUUCAGCAGUCGCAGCAACAGCAUGUACAGCAACCACAGCAGCCUCAACAGGUUCAACAAGCUCAACAAGUGCAGCAACAACAAGUUCAACCACAGCAGCAGAUGCAGCAGCAGGUCCAGUCACAACAGCAAAUGCAAGUUCAGCAGCAGCAGCAGCAGCAGCAACAACAACAGGCACAACAACAACAGCAGCAGCAACAAAAUAAUGGACCGCACAAUGUCGUUCCUACUCAAGUUCAAGUGCAGCCACAGGUAGCUGCAAGCAUGUCUCAACAACAGUUGCAGAAUGCUGUUGCGGUGUCGAUGCAGCAUCAGCAACAAGGAGUAGGUGGUGUGUCCAUGACAUUAUCUGGUCAGCAGGGUGCAACUACUAUUACUACAAUGGCUGCACAUCCACAAGCAGUCCAGGUGAUUCAACAACCGAUGCAGAGUCAAGCUUAUCAUUUACAACAAUUAUAUAAUACUCAAGGCACGCCUUUAUUGAUGCCAGGAAAUCUCGCGCUGCAUCCAGCAGGCAUAAAUCCUUCUUCUAUUCAGGUGAUAACAGCUGGAAAGCCUUUUCAAUCUGCAGCUCAACUGACUCCUCAUAUGCUAACUACGGCGUCGACGCCCGGUCAAGGCGGUGGUCAUCCUGGUGCAGGUGGCACCAAAGUCCAAGGAUUUCCUACCGGUUAUCUACCAGUACCCACAUCUGCUACUCCUGGUGCUGGUCAAACAUUGGUAUUUGGUCAACUUGGCGUAUUGGGUUCACCACAACCGCCGCCUUCGCUGCAACAGCAGCAGCAGCAACAAUCCGCGAAUAAGCAGGAUCAGGUGCAAAAGUAUACAGCCUGCACUGCUGGGACACCCUCUGGUGGAAGAGGUGGUGGUAUGCAGUUUGCACCCUGGCAAUUUGCUCCACAAGUAUGGACUGCUGGAUUACAGCAACCAACCCUUCUCACUGCCGCGCCUAAUCAGAUAUUCAUUCGUGGUCCGACGCAACCAGACAUGUUUAUACAAAGUCCACAACCGAUACAAACGCAUAAUGCUCUUGCGACGCAGCAACAGAUACAAGGUGUGCAGCAGAUAACAGCGGCUAGCGGUAAACCUACUAAGGUAAUGGAUAUUCAACAACAGCAGUCGCAGCAAGGUAAACAGAGUGCGGGCGGACAGCGACCUUUAAGUAUCCUGCCAUCAUCCUUGCAGGCAGUGCAGGCUGCCAAUAUACGCGCCGCUAGUUCCGUCUCUACGCAGACUGUUCACGGAGUACAAGCUACGGUACAAGUACAGAGCGGUAAGAGCGGCGGCGGUGGGGGGAAAGGCCGCGGCAAGCCGAUGCAAUCUCCGCAGCAACAGCAACAACAGCAGCAGCAAACUCAACAAUCGAUACAGCAUCAGCAGGUCUUCAUACAGCAGAAACAGCAUACGCAGCAACAGCAGCAGCUGCAACAGCAGUAUCAGCAACAAGUGCAGUCCUCCCAACAGCAAAUACAACCUAAGCCUAUUAUGAGUAAGAACAUUCGUCUAACGAAUAUGACACUGCAACAACAGCAACAAUCUGGUGUUGUUUUGGGCACAGAUCGUCCCAUUAUGCCGGUAGUUUCGGUAGGUAGCGUUGGAGUUGGAGUCGCUGCCACUUCACAAAUGAAUCAAAUGCCGCAGCCUCAGAUGUCGACAGUACAACAGCUUCCUUUACCGGCUAUCAAUCCGACGAUAAUAGGUAAUCAAAUAGUGAAUGGAGCGUCGCAGGUUCAAGCGAUGCCGAUUGUGAAUGCGACCCAGGAUCAGCCAACGCACGAUAACACCAAUCCGGCUAUAAUGAUCACGUCGCCAGACCGUAAUCCACAGGCUGAAUGCUCCCUUAUACUGCCAUCCACUACGAAUAUUGCUCCAAUGGCAACUGAUGAUAGUGUAAAAUUAGGUUUGAAGAAAGAAGACAUGCCUGUGCUUACGGAAGAAGUUGCAGCGACAGCACCUCAGAUAGAAGUAACAGACGGAGAUCAAUGUAAGACGGCGACGACAAAAGAAGAGGAAGUGAUUACUCCAAAGAUGGAAGAGAAACAGUGCAAUAACCCGUUAGCGGGUCUUGCCAAUGCAGUCAAUGCGAUUACGAAUGGUGUCAUCGGCGAUGAGUCACCGAAUAUGGCGAUCUCGACCCCACUCACAGUGAAUAAUAAACAAGCACCACCUAAAGCUAUGGUGAAGCCGCAGGUCCUUACCCAUGUGAUAGAAGGAUUUGUGAUACAAGAAGCAUCAGAACCGUUCGCGGUAAGUCAGGAAACUACCAAUAUCCUCAAUCGAAACAACACAGCUGUGGAGAGGGAAACUCACGAGGAACCUCCGAAGAAGAAACAUUGUUCUAAUUAUUCGAAUGAAGAAGAUGGAGCCAAUGGACAAGUCAGUAAGUGCGAAAGCUGUGGCAAUGCAGUUGAUGAACAGAAUGUCAAGCUCAAGAAAGAGAAACGGUUCUGCUCAUCAAUGUGUGCAAAGAGUAAAAAACGGGAAACGCGAGAUCGCGAUGGUAUGGAAAAACAGUGGACUGAGAUAGAGACUGAAACUAAAAUUGUCGAUAAUGACGUGGCGAAGAAGAACAGUGAAGAGAGGUCAUUAUCUACAACUACCACUUCUUCUACCGAUGAAUCACUGCCGAAAGUAAAUCCAGUUAAAUGGACGGUGGGUGAAGUGUGUGAUUUUAUACGUGGUUUACCGGGGUGCGCCGAUUACGCAGAGGACUUUGCUAUUCAGGAAAUUGAUGGUCAAGCUCUUAUGUUGUUGAAGGAGGAUCAUCUCAUGUCGGCCAUGAGCAUCAAGCUAGGUCCUGCGUUAAAAAUCGUCGCCAGGAUUGAUUCAAUGCGCGUGGAAUCGAUGUCGAACUCCAAUCCUACAUCGAACAAUUCAUAAUCGUUUACCUAUUAGUAGCAAAGCGACCGUUUUCCAGAAUGUUUCUAGCCUACGGGCUACAGGGUUUGUGCAAGUAUCCGAUUUUCAAAUAUAAGCUUAUAAGAUUAGAAUUUUUCAAUGCUACCGUACUGUAAGCGAUUUUCAUGCUGCACAUGAAAUAAUUCGUUAAACUUUCAACAUUUAUGAGAGACUUUUCGUUUAGCACGAUAGCUACAGUACAAACUGUAAAAUGUAUUUUUUGUAAAAUUAUUUUUAAGCAAAUCACGGCGAAUCGGCAGCAAUAUCUAUUUUUAAUUUAGACUGUAUGGACGAAUAUAUAUAUAUGUGUGUAUAUGUGUAUAUAUACACAUCCACACCAACACACAUACACAAACUGCGUACAUAGAUACAUAUGUAUGUAGAUAAUGUCAAUGUUCCAUUACCAAAUUAUAAAAAUUAUUUUGCAUCUCAGAAAAAAAAAAAUGCCACUGGUUUCUUGCCAUGUUUAACAGCUGUAAAACAACUAUCUAAAUUAACAGAAGGCAAUGUAUUUUCUACGUUAAGUGGAAUUGUUUAUAUUAUUGAGUACGAAAUACAGCAUACAUCUUCGUUUUUUUAUAUAUAUAAUAUACAUUCUUUGCUGUAUAAUGGACAUGAUUUGUACUCUUGAUGGUUCCACCUAUAGCAUAUUUUCCAAUAGUGCAGUUUGAAAAAAUAUUCGUAGACAUUGUAUGUGUUGUGUGUAUAAAUAUGACUUUAUAUAAAAUGUUUUAUAUUUUAUUUCACAAAUGUUCUAUCGCUCAUUAUGUAUAUGUCAUUGAACAUUUGUCAGUAUAGAUUUCAUUUCAGAAUUAUGUGCUAUAAUUAAAUAAAUUUUAUGUGCUUAAUAUAAUACUAUUAUUUUGAAGAUUAUGUAUUUUCAAUUUAAUUUUUUAUUAUUUUUUGAAGUUUUUAUUUUCGUUUCUUGCGUAAGAAAUAAAUGUAUAAAUGCUACCACUUGGUAUAGAAAAUGCGUCGUCUUCUUUAUAAUUUACAGACAGUAGCUUUGCAACUGUUAAAUAUGGCUAAAAAUCUGGUAUUUUUUUCUUAGAUAUCUUAUGCAGAAUGAUAAUUUUUAUAAUUUGGUAAUUGAUGAUAUUGAUCUACAUAGAUAUAUAUCUGUGUACGCAGUCUGUAUUAUAUAUGUGUAUAUAUAAUUUUCCUUUUCUUUCUUAAAAUUUUUGACUAUAUAUUUAUUUUUCAUGCGAAGACCGAAUUCAAUCGAAAAAAUAUCUUCAAAAUAAUAUUAUAUUAAGCACAUCAAUUUUAUUUAAUUAUAACAAAUAGUUUUGAAAUGAAAUUUAUACUAUCUAAUGUUGAAUGAUGUAUAAUGAGCCAUACAAUAUUUAUGAAACAAAGUAUAAAUCAUUUCAUUUUAUAUAUAUAUUCAUAUAUACACAUAUAUCAUGUCUAUGAAUGUUUUUCCCAAAGUGCACUAUUGGGAAAUAUAUUAUAAGUGGAACUGUCAAGAGUACAAAUCGUGUCUAUAGCAAAAAAUAUGUAUUUAAAAAGCAGAGAUGUAUUGCUAUAUUGAUAAUGCUAUAUUUGAAAAACUACUGCUUAUUGUCAUUCGUCGUACUUUCGUAAAUAUGAUUAUGUUUUCGUAAAUAUAAGUUGUGUACUUGACCGAUACAUGUGUAAAUAGUAGACAUAAAAUUUUUAUUUAAUAUACAGAUUUCGCAUAAGACAACAUCUUAAAUUGUUGCUGACGAUUGUCCUUCCAUUAUUCUUAAACUAAUGAAAGGAAAAAAGUAAUUAUAUAUGUAAAAGUUUAUAUUUCUGUCGUUAGCGGUAUAAUAUUAUGAUGAUAAAGUAAUAAGGCAAAAAGGAUUGUUACUAUUUUUAGUAAAUAUCUUAUUAACUAUUAUCUAAAUGAUAUAACAUAGAAAAACCCAUUUGAUAAAAUUUUCGAAAUAUUAUUAAAAAAAUAUAACAUUGAAAUAUAUCAUGCCCUUGAAAUUCAAUGUAAAUAUCAUAUUCAUUAUGCAAAUUCAUAUAAUUAUUAAUUCUGAAAAUAACUAGACAGAUUGCUGUUUUUAUAUAUUUUUUGUAGGAUUAAUUAGUUUUAUAUAUUUCAGUAUUGUGCAAAACACAGAUGCGAGUGUAUUAAAUUUAAUAGGACUCAUUAUGUUUGAAUUAAAUGGUGAUUUGCUAUGCAUUUUAUACAAAUGUUAAAUGUAAGUAGAUGUGUUUUCUUAUGCGUAAGAGAAUCUUAGCGGAGGAAGGCAUGUUUGUAUAUAAUGCUCAGAAACAUCAGAUAUCAUCGAGUUUAUCCCGCGCCCUAUUUAUGUCUAUUAAUAGAAAAUAGAGUAUAUAUAAUGCAAG